AUGUUGAGACUAGAGAUUGAAAACGUGACAUUUUUGAAGCCAAAUUUUCGGCCUGGAAGCGAUUUUUGAGCUCUGGAAGUCUGGAAAUAGCUCCUGAGCUCAAAAUUCGGGUCUAGAAGCGAUUUUUGAGCUCUAGAAACCAAAAUUCUGCUCCUGAGCUCAAAAUUCCGGUCUGGAAUCGAUUUUUGAGCCCUUGGAGCCAAAAAACUGCUCCAGAACUCAAAAUUUGGGUCUGGAACAGAUUUUUGAGCCCUGGAAGCCAAAAAAUAGCUUCAGAGCGCAAAUUUUUGGUCUAGAAUCGAUUUUUGAGCUCUGGAACUGUGAAACUUGCUCUCUGGCUCAAAAUUUUGGUCUAGAAGCGAUUUUUGAGCUCUGGAAGCUUGAAAAUAGCUCCAGAGCUCAAAAUUUCGGUCUAGAAUCGAUUUUUGAGCCCUGGAAGCCUAAUAAUAGCUCCGGAGCUCAAAAUUCGGGUCUAGAAGCGAUUUUUGAGCUCUGAAACCUUGGAAAUAGCUCCAGAGCUCAAAAUUACGGUCCAGAAUCGAUUUUUGAGCCCUUGGAGCCUGGAAAUACCUCCAGAGCUAGAAUUUUUACAUUUUUGAGCUCUGGAAGUCUCACAACGGCUCCCAAGCUUUAAAAAAAUCAAUAAUCUAUUUGCAGACCGCCUGUCAUCAAAUCCCCAUCGAUCUACACGAUGUUUUAUCGCUAGACGAGAAAAAUCUGACAGUAACCGUCGAGCCAAAUGUAACAGUUCGUGAAAUUUGCAAAUACCUAAUUCCACGUGGCUAUACACUUGCCGUAACUCUCGAAAUUGGCGACGCAACUCUGGGAGGAUUAGCAUUUGGAGUUGGAAUGACAACAUAUUCACACAAAGUUGGACUAUAUCAAGAAUCAAUUUUGGAAUAUGAAUUGGUCACGGCUGAUGCUGAAAUUCUGAAAAUCACCAAAAAUAAUGAGCACAGUGAUUUGUAUUGGUGUUUGCCGUGGUCACAUGGAACACUGGGAUUUUUAGUCGGGCUGAAAUUGCAGAUUAUUCGAGUUAAACCGUAUUUACAUAUGAAAUAUGUGCCGGUGAGUGCGAAAAUUUGGAAUUUUCAAUAAAAAUUCUGAAAUUUUCAUAUUUUCUCAAUAAAAACAGAUUAUUUUCUACCAAAAAUCUUGAAAAUUUGGAAUUUCUCAUCAUUUUUUGACUGAAAAUUGUACAAAUUUGAGAAUUUUCACUUAAAAUUGACUAAAAUAGUGAUUUUUUUGAGCAUUGCUCAUAUCCAUCCUGAUUUUGGCUCAAAAAUUUGACGAAUUUUGAAGAAUUGCUCAUGUUAACCUUUUGAAAUCCCGAUUUUUGGCAUAAAAAUUGAAGCGUUGCUCAUGUUAACUUUGAUUUGGGGUUUUUGGUUCAAAAAUUCAAAAUUUUCACUAAAAAUUCUCCUAAAAAUGUUGAAAAAUCUUUGAAAUUUUUUAUGAUUUUUACUGAAAAUCUGCUUCAGAUUGAAUUUUUCCAGUGAAUUUUGGAGCAUUGCUCAUGUUAACCCUGGUUUUUACUCAAAAAUUCAAGAUUUCCAUGUAAAAUUUUAGCAUUGCUCAUGUUAACCCUAAUUUUUUCCACAAAUAUUCAAACUUUUGGUUGAAAUUUUCAAAAAUUCGAGUCUAAUAUGAGCAAUGCUUCAAUUUUCAAGAAAUCCAUCAUUUUAAGAUAAAAAUGAGCAAUUUGUCGGAUUUUUGGGCAUUGCUCAUGUUAAUCUUUUGAAAUCCCGAUUUUUGGCCGAAAAAUUUCAUGAAAAAUGAGGCAUUGCUCAUGUUAGCUCUUGAAACUCUGAAAAAUUCAAGAAAUCCGUGAAAAAACUCAAAAUUGUUCAAAUUUUUGAGCAUUGCUCAUGUUAACCAUGAUUUUUGGCCAAAAAUUCAAGAAUUUCAUUUAAAAUUAUAGCAUUGCUCAUGUUAACUCAAAAAUUGUCACAUUUUUGAGCAUUACUCAUAUUAAUCCAAUUUUUUUUUCCAGUGUCACAGUCAAGCCGAAUAUUGCUCAAAAAUCAUGGAAUUCUCUGGAGCCAAUUCUGGAGAUCAAAAAGUCGCAGAUUAUGUGGAAGCCACGAUUUAUGACAGGGAAAAUGCGGUGAUUAUGUUGGCAAAUUUUGUUGGUGAGUAUUUGAGGGUUAACAUGAGCAAUGCCCCGAAAAUUCGCUAAAUUUUGAGCAAAAAUUUGAAAUUUUCGAGCUAAUAUGAGCAAUGCUCCAAAUUUUUUACGGAAUACUUGAAUUUUUGGAUCGAGUUACAAAAGUUUAACAUGAGCAAUGCUCAAAAAUUCGAAACUUAGCCAAAAUUUUGGAUUUUCAAGCUAAUAUGAGCAAUGUUUCAAUUUUGCUUCAUUGCUCAUAUUAAAAUUGAGCAUUGCUCAUGUUUGUUGGAAAAAUUCUUGAAAAAUUCGAAUUUUAACUAACAUGAGCAAUGCUUUGAAUUGGUAAAGUCAAGCAUUGCUCAUGUUAGCUCAGAUUUUUGAGAGCAAAAAUGCUAACAUGAGCAAUGCUCUAAAUUUUCUAAAAAAAAAACAUUAUAAUGAGCAAUUCGUGUUAAUUUCCUUGAAGCAUUGCUCAUAUUAGCUUGAAAGUGAAUUUUUAGAACAUUGCUCAUGUUAACCUGGAUUUUUGGCUCAAAAAUUGAGGGAAAAUUGACGCAUUGCUCAUGUUAGACUCAAAAAAUGAUGAAUUUAUUUGGAAAAUUGAAGGAUUGCUCAGGUUAACCUUUAAAAUACUCAAUUUUUGGGCCAAAAAUUUAAGAUUUUUGUGAACAAUGAGGCAUUGCUCAUGUUAUCCUCGAAUUUUUGAGUAUUUAAACCAAAAGUUUGAAUAUUUGAGUAAAAAAUCAGGUUUAACAUGAGCAAUGCUAAAAUUUUACAUGGAAUUCUUCAAAUUUUAAGCCAAAAAUCAGGUUUAACAUGAGCAAUGCUCCAAAAAUCACUAGAAAUCAACAUUUCCAGUAGAAAAAUCUCAAAUUUUGUCAUUUCCAGACCUCGAAAAUGUGCCACUUCUCACAAAAUUGUCCAAAAUCAACGAUGUUUGCUGGUGGUGGAAACCGUGGUUCUACAAACACGUCGAAACUUUUCUCUGGCUCGAAAAUGGUGGCGAAGAAUAUAUUCCCCUCGAAUCAUAUUUGCUCCGCCAUAAUCGUGCCAUUUUUUGGGUUCUGGAAAGUAUGAUCCCGUUUGGAAAUCAUCCAUUGUUCCGCGCGAUUUUCGGAUGGUUGUGCCCGCCAAAACCCGCGUUUUUGAAGUUUACCACGACUCAGGCGGUCAGGGAAAUGACUUUUGCUAAGCAGGUGAGGAAAAAUGAGCAAAAAUCCAGUUUUCUACGUGAAAAAUGAGCCAAAAUGAUGAUUUUUUGGUGGAAAAUAGCAAAUGCGCUCUAUUGAACUAUGCAUUUUUCGAUAGAAAAUUCAAAAAUUGAUAUUUUCUCAUUAGAGCGCAUUUGCUAUUUUUCAUUGAAAAAAUGAGAUUUUUCAAAAAAAAAUCUAAUUUUCAAAUUUUAACAUGAGCAAUGCUCAUUUUUACUUUUCAUUGAAAAUUUUGAGAAAAUUGGAGCAUUGCUCAUAUUAGCGCGCAAAAUUUGCACAAUUUUUUGAGCAUUGCUCAUGUUAACUGAUUUUUCGAUAAAAAUUCAAAAUUUUUGAGCAUUGCUCAUGUUAAAUCCAGAUUUUUCCAUUGAAAAUAGCAAAUGCGCUCUAUUGAACAAUGCAUUUUUCGUUAGAAAAUUCAAAAUUUCUAGGAAAAAUGAAUAUAUUUCAAUAGAGCGCAUUUGCAAUUUUCGCAAAAUUUUUGAAAAAAAGCAAAUGCGCUCUACCGAAAUAUCGAUUUUUGCAGGUUUUCCAAGAUAUUGUAAUGCCAUUGGACACGCUGAAACAACAAGUCGACACAUCCAUCGAACUUUUCGACACUUUUCCGCUUUUGGUCUACCCGUGCCGAAUUUAUGAUCACAAUUUAAAGGCGCAAGGACAACUCAGAGCACCGGAAAAGCGAAAAUUGGUGAAAGGUGAGUACUGUAGGCCGAAAAAUGCGUUAUUUUGACACCCAACAUGCCCAGGGAGUACUGUAGAUCAAAUUUUGGCGCCAAAUUUGGUCCUGACACGAUUUUUGGGAGUACUGUAGGCAUGUUGGGUGUCAAAAUGCUCCAAAUUUCGCGCGCCAAAAACUACAGUACCCCCCUCAUUCAAAUUUUCCAGGCACCAACUACGCGAUGUUCAACGAUUUGGGAGUUUACGGAACUCCGGGACCCGUCAAACGCCGUGAACCCUACAAUCCCACGUAUGCGAUGCGAGCCAUGGAGAAGUGAGUUUUUCACGACGGUGUUUGGGUUACUGUAGCGAAAAUUUGCGACAUUUUGAGACCCAACAUGCCUAGGGAGUACUGUAGGCUUUUUUUGGCGCCAAAAUUGGUCCUGACACGAAAAAAGGCAUGUUGGGUAUCAAAAUGACGCAAAUUUUCGCGCGCCAAAAUUCCUACAGUACCCCAAGGGAUUACUGUAGUUUUUUAGCGCCGAAAUUUGCGUCAUUUUGACACCCAACAUGCCUAGGGAGUACUGUAGAUCGAAUUUUGGCGCCAAAAUUGGUCCUGGCACGAAAAAACUUUCUACAGUACUCCCUAGGGAUUACUGUAGUUUUUUUUCGUGCUCUUUGGGUUACUGUGAAUGCCAAAAAUGCCUACAGUGAUCAUUUGGGGUACUGUAGGAGCAUCAUUUUGACACCAAACAUGCCUAAGGCCUACAGUAUCCUUUAAAAACGUGUCAGGACCAAAUUUGGGGUCUACAGUACUCCCCAGGCAUGUUGGGUAUCAAAAUGACGCAAAUUUUCGCGCCAAAAAUCUACAGUAACCCAAAAUCCAGAUUUACACGAGAUGUUGGCGGCUAUUCAUUCCUCUACGCCGAUAUUUUCAUGUCAGAAGCGGAAUUUGAGAAAAUGUUCGAUUUGACACUCUACAAUCAGGUAUGUUCAUUUAAUAGUACUACUACAGUAACCCAAAUUACUGUAGGUUCGCGAGAAAUACAAUUGUGACGGGGCGUUUCCGCGACUCUACGAUAAAGUCAAACCGGAAAUCGAUGUGAUUUCAAUUGGACAAAGUUAUGCAUCGAAGAAGGAGGAUUAA